CGCAGUCGGGCAUCGCCCUGCCACCCUCCUCCCCUCCAGCCUGGACACCCAAGUCCCCGAUCCCCUGCCCACAGCGGGGCGAUCUGAGGGAGCCUGGAGCUGGGGCUGGUGCUGAGGCCGAGGCCGGGGGCGGACGGAGCCAAGGGCCGCCCCCUGGCCGCCCCUCCCCCUGCCGGGCCGCCCCUCCCACCGAGCCACCGAAGGAGGGCGGGGCGGGGUCCCUCGGGUCAGUCUCAGCCUCCGGCGCCGGCCGCGCAGCUGGAGGCGGCGAAGCACCAGCCAUGGCUGCAAUCCGGAAGAAGCUGGUAAUUGUGGGGGAUGGUGCAUGUGGGAAGACUUGUCUGCUCAUCGUCUUCAGCAAGGACCAGUUUCCAGAGGUCUACGUCCCUACUGUCUUUGAGAACUAUAUUGCAGACAUUGAGGUGGAUGGCAAGCAGGUGGAGCUGGCUCUGUGGGACACAGCAGGGCAAGAAGACUAUGAUCGCUUGAGGCCUCUCUCCUACCCAGACACUGACGUCAUCCUCAUGUGCUUCUCCAUUGACAGUCCCGACAGCCUGGAAAACAUUCCUGAGAAGUGGACCCCGGAGGUGAAACACUUCUGCCCGAACGUGCCUAUCAUCCUGGUGGGGAAUAAGAAGGACCUGAGGCAGGAUGAGCAUACCAGAAGAGAACUGGCCAAGAUGAAGCAGGAGCCUGUUCGAUCUGAGGAAGGCCGGGACAUGGCCAACAGGAUCAGUGCCUUUGGCUACCUGGAGUGUUCAGCCAAGACCAAGGAAGGGGUGCGGGAGGUCUUUGAGAUGGCCACUCGGGCUGGCCUCCAGGUCCGCAAAAAUAAGCGUCGGAGGGGCUGUCCCAUUCUCUGAAAUCCCCAAGGCCUUCCUUCCCUUCACACAGGUACAAAAUACCUGUCCACUCCCAAAUUCUACCCUCAUAGGACUCCAUGCUGAAGGCUCCCAUUUUCAGUUCCCACCUGCCCAGGACUGCACCGGUUUCCCCAGCCCCAAGUGGUGGUCAGUCCUCCCUUCUUCUCUCCAGUCCUCUGCGAAGCAGGCCUGUGCAGGGUCCCUCCUUUGCCUUGGUCCAGGGGUGGGGCUCUUGCUCCCUGUGGCCUUCCCCAGAGGACAGUCACACACCAGCACUUUAUAUACUUCUGGCUCACAGGAGCUUGCUAGGGUGGGGAUUUGGGGUUUCUGCUUUGGGCAGUGGCCUUGUCCCAGACUAUACUUGGUUGGGGGGGGGCAUGAAUAAAGGCCACCGGUUCUAGCAUGUGUUGUGAC